AUGGCCUUUACUCUGUACUCACUGCUGCAGGCAGCCCUGCUCUGCAUCAGUGCCAUCACUGUACUGCACAAGGAGCACUUCCUCAAGAACACUGGCUGGGAAACAAACCAGGGAAUUGGCAGAGUUGGGGAGGAGUCAGGAAUCAAAUCUGCUCUGCUAAUGAAUCUUAUUAUAUCUGUAAGAGCUGUGAUGAGAGUGCCUUUGAUAAUAGUAAACUCAAUUGUAAUUGUAUUACUUUAUAAUAUGGGUCAAGAUCCAUGGGGGAAAUGGAGACUUGGAAGAAAAGAUGCAACGUAA